AUGAGAUGGAGAUGGAUGGAGGUGGAUGGAGAUGGAGAUGGAUGGAUGGAUGGAGAUGGAGAUGGAGAUGGAGGGAUGGAGGAUGGAGAUGGAUGGAGGAGAUGGAGUGGAUGGAGGGAUGGAAAUGAGAUGGAGUGGUGGAACGGUGUGAUAUGGGAUCAUGGAAGUAUAAAUGAUAAAGAAUCGUGGAAAGACAAGUGGAAGGACAAAGACGACGAUUAUACAGAUUCAGUUGUUGAUGAAAUUGAAAAUCAUCAAGGACAAUAUAAUGAAAGAAAAAAGAAUAAAGAAAAUAAUGAUAAUGCAUACAUUCAGGAAGUGAAUAUGGAUGAUGAUAACGAGAAAUUAUAUGAUGAACAAGAGAACCAGGCCAAUGAUAGAAAAAGUCAAGAAAACUCAAAUCAUCACUAUCACAAUCAUUACCAUAAAAAUACGAACAUAAAAGAACUACUAGAAGAGGAGAAAAAGUUGAUUGAUAAUGAUCAAGAUGAUGACUAUCAUGAUAAUGGACAUGAUGAGAAGGACUCGUUUAAAGAAAGAAGGACAUUCAAAAAGAAGAGGUGA